AUGGCGGGCCGCGAAGAGCUGAGUGUGCGCGGCUUCGAGGAGUUCAGCCGGGCGCUGCGGCAGCGCGACAAGACCAUCUUCGCCUACUUCACCCGCUCCAAGGACGCGGGCGGGUGGAGCUGGUGCCCCGACUGCGUGCAGGCUGAACCGGUCGUUCGAGAGGGGCUGAAGCACAUGAGUGAGGGGUGUGUGUUCAUCUACUGCCAGGUGGGAGAGAAACCCUAUUGGAAAGAUCCAAAUAAUGACUUCAGAAAAAAUCUGAAAGUGACGGCAGUCCCUACACUACUUAAAUACGGAACACCCCCAAAACUGGUGGAAUCUGAGUGUCUUCAGGCCAACCUCGUGGAGAUGUUGUUCUCCGAAGAUUAAGAUUUGAUGAUGGCAACUGUGUCUUGAUGUCCUGAUUUGCUCUAGUAUGAAGGCAACUGCAUACCUGCUUUGAAUUCAUGUUAGCAAUACAGAAAUGAUGAUGUGAAACAAACUGGUUUCUGUCUAAAUAUAAAGUGCUAUUAGGGACACCAGGGUGGCUCAGUUGUUAAGCUUCCACCUUUGGCUCAGGUCAUGACCCCAGGGUCC